AUGACAAAACCACCGCAGAAGAGGGAGAAGAGGCAGAAGAGACGGAAAUGGAUCACAGUUGAAGACGAUAUACUUACAUAUUUUAAGACAAAACGCCCCAAUCUACCUUGGGGAGAGAUCAUAGAGCAGGCGAACCUGCAGGACAGAGAUGAAAAGAGUUGUUCACAUAGGUGGAAUAACUAUCUGAGGCCUGAUAUCAUCAAAGGGGAAUUCUCCCCACAGGAAGAUGACAUCAUCAUCCAGCAAAUGUCGCUUCCUCAGAAUAGCUGGAAAUCUAUGGCAAAACAUCAUCUUCGUGGGAGAGCUGCUAAUGCUAUUAAGAAUCGGUGGAACAACCACUUGAAGAAGAGGCAUGCGACUAUAAGUGACCUUAGGCGAGACCUUUUCUACCCAGAGGAACACCUCAUUGAUGAUGAGGCUAGUGAGCUCUCUGUCCGGGGAAAGGACCUUGAGGCGUUGAUGGCCGAGUUUGCUUCUUUGAUUCCCAACGUUGAUUCAAAUGAGACUCUCAUGAAUGAUCAAACUAGUGAUGACUUCUUGUUGAAAGCUGACAUUGAGGCUUUGAGCCUUUGA